UAGCAAUAAUGGUUGUUUACAGUGAUAAAAAUGCGAUGCACUUCGGAGCCAUCGUGUGUUGUAUGGGGGUGCGGUACAAGAAUUAUUGUUCCAACAUCUGUCGUACCUUCAUGGUCAAUCCUCCGGAGAAAAUGCAGCAAAAUUACGAGCUGCUCUUGGAACUCUUCGACAAGUUAAUCAACACACUCAAGGCUGGCAUCAAACUCUGCGACAUAUACGAGGAAGUAUACAAACUUCUCAAAAACAAGAAUCCCAGCCUCACCGAUAAACUCACAAAAGCAGUAGGAUUUGGCAUGGGGAUUGAGUUCCGUGAGAGCGCACUUCUCAUUGGCCCCAAGACUACAACCACUGCAAAGAAAGGACAAGUUUUUAAUGUCAACCUGGGCUUCUCUGAUAUUACCAAUGAAUCCGCCAGUGAUGCCGGCAGCAAGAAGUACGCUCUCUUUAUUGGGGAUACAGUGGUGGUCAACGAGGAUCAGCCAGCCACAAUAUUAACAGCAUCAAGCAAGAAGAAAUUGAAGAAUGUUGGUGUCUUCCUGAAGGACGAUGAUGAAGAUGGUGAAGGCGAGGAAGAGGAAACUAAAGAGAACACAUCGCAGCUCUUAGGCCGGGGGAAGCGCACAGCCAUCCUGGACUCCAAGCUUCGGUCUGAGCAGUCGACAGAAGAGAAACGCAAGCAGCAUCAGAAGGAGCUAGCCGUGUCCAUGAACGAGGCGGCCAAGGAGCGCCUGGCACUGCUCAAAGGGAAGAAAGAGGACCAGAAAGUGCGCAAAUCAACUGUGUCUUACCGUUCAACCAACCUCAUACCCAGGGAGCCUGAAAUUUCAGAUCUUAAGAUCUUUGUGGAUCGCAAGUACGAGACGUUGAUUUUACCAAUAUAUGGCAUGCCAGUACCCUUUCACAUCUCAAUGAUCAAGAACAUAUCACAGAGCGUGGAGGGAGACUACACUUACCUGCGUAUCAACUUCUUCCAUCCGGGUUCCAGCAUCGGCAAGAGCGACGGUGUAUUUCCCAACCCAGAUGCUGUCUUCCUCAAAGAAGUGACGUACCGUAGUACUAACACUAAGGAACCCGGGGAACUGUCCGCUCCAUCCUCCAACCUCAACACAGCGUUCCGACUCAUUAAGGAGGUGCAGAAAAAAUUCAAGACUCGGGAAGCCGAGGAGAAGGAAAAGGAAGAUCUGGUCAAACAAGACACGCUCAUUGUAUCAAACAACAAGUCGAACCCUAAGUUGAAGGACCUGUAUAUUCGUCCAAACAUUGUCCAGAAGAGAAUUAAUGGCACUUUGGAAGCACAUACGAAUGGUUUCAGGUACACUAGUGUCCGAGGGGACAAGGUUGACAUCCUUUACAAUAACAUCAAGAAUGCGUUCUUCCAGCCUUGUGAGGGUGAGAUGAUUAUUCUUCUGCAUUUCCAUCUUCGGCAUGCAAUCAUGUUUGGGAAGAAAAAGCACAUCGAUGUGCAAUUUUACACCGAAGUUGGUGAAAUAACGACAGAUUUGGGCAAGCACCAACACAUGCACGAUCGUGAUGACCUCUCGGCAGAGCAAGCAGAACGAGAACUACGCCACAAGCUCACGUCUGCUUUUAAAAGCUUUACAGAGAAAGUCGAGACCAUGACAAAACAUCAAAUAGAGUUUGACACACCAUUCCGUGAGCUUGGAUUCCCUGGCGCUCCCUUCCGUUCAACAGUGCUGUUGCAACCUACCUCAGGCUGUGUUGUUAAUUUGACCGAGUGGCCUCCAUACGUGAUUGUACUGGACGAAGUGGAACUGGUACACUUUGAGAGGGUACAGUUCCACCUGAAGAACUUUGACAUGGUGUUUGUGUUCAAAGAUUACUCUAGGAAGACGUCCAUGAUCAAUGCAAUCCCCAUGCAGAUGCUGGACCAUGUUAAAGAGUGGCUCAAUUCAUGUGACAUCCGUUACUCCGAGGGCGUGCAGUCACUCAACUGGGCCAAGGUUAUGAAGACGAUCAUUGAUGACCCUGAUGGCUUUUUUGACCAGGGAGGAUGGUCAUUCCUGGACCCCGACUCGGAUGCGGAAAAUGAAGAGGAGGAGAACGAAGAUUCGGAGGACGACGGAGCGUAUGCCCCCACAGACGAGGAGCUGGGGUCUGAGGAAGAGAGCGAGGACUACUCCGAAGGAGACUCGGAAGCAUCUGAUUCAGAAUAUAGCGAAGAUCUUGGAAGCAGUGAGGAGUCUGGGAAGGACUGGUCAGACCUGGAGAGAGAAGCUGCGGAGGCUGAUAAAGACGCCAAUGAGUUCCAGGACGAAUACACCAAACAGAACAAGAAGAAGGGUGGCAACUAUCGUGACAAGUACAAUGAUCGCAAGAGGUUAAAUCGCAAAUCCUCGCUGAAACUCGGCAAGGACAAACGCACGAGCAACUCCAAGCAUAAAUCGUCCAAACAUGACAGUAGCAAGCACAAAUCCUCGCACAAAUCCUCCCACAGUUCUCCACACAAGUCGUCAUCUCAUAAAAGUUCCCACAAAUCUCCAAGCAAGGACAAAAAUCGACACUCAAACAGCAGUAGCAAGCACUCAGAUAAGAAGAGGUCUAGAGACGACUCUGGUGAUCGCCGUCAUAGCAAGAAGAGCAAGAAAUAAAUGUGGUUGGAUUAUGGUGCCGAACAAUUUAUUCCUGCUGUGAAGAGGAGGGAGCAAAGAAGGUGAAACAAAAUAGAAUAAGUAAUGGAAUUGAGUGUAUGGCAGACAAAUUGCUGUACUGGAAAUUACACAUUAAUCUGGAUGAGUUACUGUAUUUUACGGCUUACAAGACACUCCAGUGUUGAGGAUGCAUCACAGUUCUGACUGGCUAAAUUUUAGGAAAAAAGAUAAGUGGUACUUUGACCUCCAAUAUGCUGAGUAAAUUUAUAAGACUUAUUUUGGGGGAAAAAACAUCAACGCCGUAAAAUAUGGUACCUGGUUUGUGACUCGAGACAUACAGAAAGACAUACGACUGGAGGUUAUCAUUGGCACAGUGUGGGUAUGUAUACCCAGCCAUCCACUCAAGGAUCUUAGUGACGGGCAAAUUGUGACUCGUAUGUAUUUUUUGUAAGUGGUCGUUCCUCUUAACCAUACCCCUGACUGAAACAAAAGUUUUGCAGUCGAAUUUAGAUGUAAACAAGAGAGUUAAUGUUACGUACGUACAAUUAUGAAUUAGUGUAAUUGCAUAUUCAAUUUCAGUCGUGUCUGGGUCCAAUAGUAAGCCCCUGAAUAGAUAUGGUCCAAGUUUACUGUAUUUUAUUAACUUAUGUGAUUGUUAUGUAACAAAUGGUGUAUUUCACAUCCAUGUACUGUAAGUUAAAUAUAAACUUGUGUUGAUAUUCUCCAAGGGACAGUUGGCACUAAAAACCUUUUUAAGUUCAAUAUAGGAAUGUAUAAGUUAUUUUUGAAUGUCUUUUAUGCACAUGGAAACCCAGAGUUGUAAUAUAUUUGAAAUCUGGAUUUCUUGUGAUUGAAUUUGAGAUUGAUCAUUCUGAACUUGAAUCUACAGAGUAAAUGAAUUUUUUUCUGUAAUACAAACAUUGUUUGCUUUCAUACACUUGAUCACCUGAAAACGUAUUAUAAUUAUUUUUGUACUGGCUGAAGAGUAUUUGUGCUUUUAUCUUUUUAAUUUUUUUUGUUUUAAGUUUAAUGAGUAAACAGUAGGGCCCAACUUAGGACAUUAUUAUUCCUGAAAACUUGUUAGGUGCUUGCUGGAACCUAUUUUUCCCUAAGAAAUGAUGUAAAGUUGGUUAAGUCAUUCCUACACAAUAAUAUUCUAUCUAAUUUCAUUUAAUUUUUCUUCAAGACUAUUUUUUUUAUGAAAUAUUUAACAUUCAGUACUUUUUUUUUCACUUACAAACACGGUAGUGUUAAACAUUACUCACAAAAUCAUAACAUGAGUGGGGCUCACCCAUGGCAAGUGAAUCCUGAUACAGGCAGGCCAGAGUGCUUAACUACUCACCUUCGAGUUACAGCAAGUCCUCUUACAAACAUGUUGGGGACCUCCUCAGUUGUGUAUAAUAAUGAUAUUGUACACAAUAUAGAAGAUUCUCUGUGUGUUUAUAAAUCGAGGACUUAAUGUAUAGGGCUCGCCUGCCGUAGGUUCGAAUUCCACCAUUUCUAUGAUUAGUAUGAGACGUUGAUCACUGUUGUGUAUACGUGUUACUGAGAGGAGAGGAGGAGAAGGCUAGGUAGGUAGAUAGAACAGGAAGUAGUCAGUGAGUUAAGUAGAUGCGAAGGGAGAUGGGGUGACCAAUAAUUUGAUAUUCGGUAAUUUUUUUUGCUCCCCGUAAUAUAAAAAAAGAUUAGAUAAGCAUUUAUUAAAAGCAUUUAUAGAUGUUUUAGCCACUUCUUAAAAUGUUUAAAGCAGUUGGAGGCAGGUAGUGAAUAAUAUUUUUGGAUUUUAUAAUUCUUGGGCAUCUGCUCUUUUGAGAAAUUCACAAGCAUUCACACACCAAACCAUAAAUACAACAACUGCAAGAUUAUCAGAAUAGUAGAGGUUAUAAAGGAGAGUAGAGCUGGGCCCUGCAUCUACAGCAUCUUCUUUUCAGUGUUCCACAUUUUCAUUGGCUUCAAACUGAACUAUUGUUCAUUGUGUUCCAUCCGCUCAUGAUUGUCACCAGCAGAUGGAACAAUGACUCAAAUGAAAAGCAAACAAAAAUGUGGAACACUGAAAAUAGUCACUGUAUAUGUGGGGCCCUGCUGUAUAUGUAGGGGCCCUGCUGUAUCUGUAGGGCCCUGCUGCAUAUGUGGGACCCUGCUGUAUAUGUGGGGCCCUGCUGCAUAUGUGGGACCCUGCUGUAUAUGUGGGGCUCCUGCUGUAUGUGAUCAUCAAGAUCUUAAGCUUGAGAAAAAAGAUGUGCUUUCAACUAAGACUUAAAAUCAUGAACAGAUUCCUGACUUAGGAUAUUGACAACCUGUUUUACAAUCUGGGAGCUGCAUAAGAAAAGCCUCUGUCUGCAAAUGUUAUUUCUCCAGGAGUACAAGGCUUAGUCAGCCUGAAAUGGCCCACAGCAGUUCAUGGGGAAUUUUUGAGGUCACCAGGUAGUGAUGGGGAGUAAUUAACUAGGGAACCAGGCACAGUGAAACCUGUGUAUAAUGGACCGAUGUGGGUGCCCACUUUAAUAAAAACAGUUGCAUCGAAAUCCUCACUGCAUUGGACUUGAUCUGUGUGUGGGCAGACUUGGUCGGCUGCAUCAAGCCUCUGUUUGGGCAAACGUUUUGUUGUAUCUGAAAUCAAUGCAUAGGUGUUGGUUUUAUGAAGGUUUUACUGUAGCAGCAGAGGUAGGAAGGUAGUAACAAAGGUAGAAAGCAGUGUGUGUUGUGUGUGGUUCUUGAUGGUGCAUUGUGUGUGGUUUUUGCCUCACCAACUAAACAUUGUCUGAAAUACCUUUGAUUGCAUUUAGAAAACCUGACAAAAAUAUAUUUGUACUUCAUCUUUAAGACAAUUUGUUAAUGUAGUAUUCCUGCCAUUGGAAGUGCCAGACACUUGAUCCUAAGUAAUUAAUUGGUUCCAAAUUGCAUGUUUAAAGUAUUGUAAGUCAAGGCCCUGUUGUCCAUGAACCUCACUCUUUUAUUUACUACUUAGUACCAUAACUAUGUAACCUUAGUUGCAGUAACGUCAGCUGUAUUUGACUACCCAAAGUUGUCAUUGUCAUUUAUAAGGGAGUUUUUUUAUUUGUGUAAUUAUAGGUGAGCACUGGUCUACCCUCUGAGGUGUGCCUGCAAGGGCAUCUCUUGGUAUAGGAGGGUCCUGCAUAUACAGUGCCUCGUUUCGGUGUUCCAUGUUUUCGUCGGUUUCAGAUUGAGCCAUUAUUCAUUAUGUUCAACCCACUGGCAAAAAUAGCCAGCAGAUGGAGCAAUGGCUCAAUUGAAAGCCAACAGAAAUGUGAAACACUGAAAAGAGGUGCUGUAUGUGCAAGGCCCUGCUAUAUAUGUGGGGCUCUGCUGUAUAUGUGGGGCCUUGCUGAAUAUGCAGCAAGGCCCUGCUGUAUAUGUGGGGCUCUGCUGUAUAUAUGGGGCCUUGCUGAAUAUGCAGCAAGGCCCUGUAUGUGCAAGGCCCUGCUGUAUAUGUGAGGCUCUGCUAUAUAUGUGGGGCCUUGCUGAAUAUGCAGCAAGGCCCUGUAUGUGUGAGGCCCUGCUGUAUAUGUGGGGCUCUGCUGUAUAUGUGGGGCCUUGCUGAAUAUGCAGCAAGGCCCUGCUGUAUGUGCAAGGCCCUGAUGUAUAUGGCAUCACCAUCAGCAAGGUAGUGUUCUAACAACACAGGAAUAAUAUCAUUAAGGUUACUGUGGAAGAGGACAUUUCUUUCAGGUAUAUAUACUGGUAGGUGAGUAAAGUGAUGAUGUAUUGCAUUUUAUAUUCAACUGUAAAAUUAAUUAAAGUUUUUUCUUAA